AUGGAGACAUUACAAUUACAAAUACAUCAAUUAAAUCAGCAACAUCAAAAGAAACAACUGCAAAAUCAGAUGGGGCACCAAGAUCAAAGGCACCAAAGUUGUUUAUAUGCAAAGUUAAUAUUUAAAAACAAUUCACAAGAAAUCAAAGAUUAUAUUCAGUAUUUAGAUCAACAAUUACAACAACAGAGAAUCGAUGGAGAUGUUCAAGUUAAACUUUUGGAGUUAUUGGGAUACUACAAUUAUGAAUUAAAAACAAUAGAGUCAUUACAACGUUCAAUCGAUUUGUAUCGUGAAGCAUUCUCCCUAUUGACUACCUCACCAUUAUCGAUUCAACAAGUAGACUAUGCCUAUGUUUUAGCAUGUGCUGCCCGUUCACAAUAUAUUUUCGAUUUUCAAAAUGGUUUAAAGGGACAAAUUCAUGGUGGUGGUUUAUAUUAUGCAUUAGAUAACAGAUCAUAUAAUACUUUUGAAAAUGCCAUUUCAAUUUUAAAUCAACUAAAAUAUCAAGGCCCAUAUAUUGGUAUGAUUUUAAAUAUGCAAGUUUCAUGCGCCCUUUACGCACGUUCACGUUUAUGGGAGCCCGAUCAAGAGUUUUUAGAUGUUCUUCGUGAAAAAUUAAAUUCCGCCCUUUUAAAUUUUAAAGCCAAUGGUUAUAACGAUCAUCAUCAAGAUUGUUCCGAAUCUUUUUUUCUAUAUGGCACUUUAGAAUGCCACUAUCGUUCUCAUCAAUCAAUGGAAGAUCAUCGUAGUUUAUCCCAAAGAUAUUUUAAUAUUGCUUUACAAGGUUUCCGUUUACAUUAUGGCCAAUCACAUCCAAUGAUGGCUUACUUAUAUAAUCGUAUGUCUGAUAGUUAUGAUACAGAAGUUAGAUCUCAAAACCUUAGUAAUUAUAAUAGUUUUUUUAGAGAUGUUUAUAAAAAAACUAGUAGUAAUAAUUUAACCUAUAAUAAUGAUAAUAACAAUAGUGACAAUGAUAACAAUAGUAAUAAUGAUAAUAAUAGUAAUAACAAUGACACUCUUUUAAGUUAUAAUAAUAGUAGUAGUAAAAAUAGUUAUAGUGACGAUUUAAAUGAACUUUUUCAAACAAAAAGUUAUAAUGACAGCUAUAAGAGUAAUAAUAGUAUCAGUAGAGGUAGCAUAAGUUAUAGAAAUAAUACCAACAAUAAUAAUAAUGACGAUAGUAGUAGUAAUAGAAAUAGCUUAGACUUUGAUCCUUAUUCCACAAGACAUCUUUUUAAAAAAAGUGAAGGUGGUGAGGAUAAUAAUAGCAGUAAUAAUAGUUUAAGCUACAAUAUUAAUAAUAAUAAUAAUAAUAAUAACAAUAAUAACAAUAAUAAUAAUAAUACUAACAACAAUAAUAGUAAUAAUAAUUCACAUAGUAGUAAUAAACCAGUUUUAUAUGAAUCAAUUGCAUUACGUUAUGAUGCAUUAACUAUAAUAAAAUCUUAUUAUGGUCCAAAUCAUAUUGAAACUAUCCCAAUUAUAGAGUCAUUAUUUUGUACUUUAAGUAAAUAUGGUUUAGCAAAUCCAUCUUUGGCCAAAGAAAACCAACAUAUUCAACGUAUCAAUGAUAUUCCAACUUUAAACCAAAAAUAUGACACCGUCAAAUUUGUAAAUAAUAAUCCAGUCGAAUAA